AUGCCAUCAGUUGCACUGACUGGCUUCCCGCCGGCGGCAUCGAAUGCCCUGUCAGCGGCUGCACCAGGCUUCUCCACGGCCGGCAGUAGCCUCGCCGGUUCGCAAUACCGACAGGUUUCCUCGCAAGUGCUUCAGGCUCUCAAUGGCCUGCGCGCGCUGGGUGUCUCGCAUGACCUGCGCGUACCCAUCCUGGUGGUUGGCGGCAACCAGUCCUCGGGCAAGUCCUCACUCGUGGAAGCCAUCGCGGAGGUAGCGUUGCCGCGGGCAUCCGGAACCUGCACAAGGUGCCCCACGGAGCUGCGGCUCAGGACCUCCCAACGUGCGGCCCGGGCCCCGGACAUUGCCGGAGAUAUGCCGACCUCGUCAUCGGUGGCGGCCGCUGCCUCGGCCUGGCGCUGCGCCAUUAAGCUACGCUUCGAACGCGACAGCAACGGCUUGCCGCUGCCCGUGGCUUCCGAGCACGAGUUCUGCGAGGUGCAUGACAAGGGGCAUAUUGCCGCGUGCGUCACAGCCGCGCAGGCUGUGCUGCUCAACCCUUCACGCGUAAAUGGGGAUUACAAGUCUUACGCCCCGCGGCUUGAGAGCUCUGGCACCGACGCCAUACCAGGGGUCGAGUUUGACGCGUCUAGUGGCCGCCUUGUAAACUCCCUCGCGUACCAGGCGCUGGUUGACGGGUCGGAAAACGAUCUGGAUUUCACGGCAAACUCUGUGCUACUGGAAAUCGACGGCGCAGAAGCUGAUCUCACCAUUGUCGACCUGCCUGGUAUCAUUCAGGCGCACCCAAAGGGCCAGGGCUACAUAGACCUGGUGAAACAGAUGACCAGAGACUACAUCUCACAUAAGCACCACAUCAUUGUCAUGACCAUAACUGCCAUGGACGACCCUGACAACCAGGCAAUCAAGCUCAUGGCCCAGCAGGAGGACCCCGAGGGCCUGCGGACGCUCGCAGUUAUCACCAAACCCGAUAACAUACCUAGCGGCCAGCACGACUUUUGGCUUAACCUCGUAAAACGCGCCGACCCUGCCAACCACCUUGCGCUUGGCUACUGGGUCGUCAAGAACCCAGGCCAAGACCGCCUCAACGCUGGUAUCACGUCCCAGCAGGCGCGUGAGGAGGAGCGCCGAUUCUUCAACACCGACAGCCACUGGUCCUCCGCGCCCAAGAACCGCACCGGCGCCGACAACCUGCGUGCUGGGCUGAGCGCCAUUCUUGUGGACCAGGUGCAGAAGCAGCUGCCGGACAUAAGGGACAGCGCGCGGAAGCAGCUGGAUUCCGUGCGAAAGCAGCGUGCGGAACUCCCUAAGCCGCCCUCAAAUGAGCCGCUGUUCGAGUUGGAGGGCCUGCUGCGACAGAUUGCCGACCGGCUGCAUCUCAAGCUGCGGCCUGUCAACGGCUCAGACGCAACGCUGUAUCGCCAGCUGGUGGGCACGUACGAGGAGUUCUGCGACGCACUGUCCCGCACCAUGCCUGUGUUCUACGUCAACGGCCGCCUCUUCAGCGCAUUACGUAGGAGCCGUGCAGGGCAGCAGGCCUCUGAGGGCAAGGAUGAGAUCAACGUUUGGGAGUACCUGCAGUGUGAGAACUAUGGCAGCGCUGACACCAUUCGUGCCGCCCUGCUGAGCGAUAACACCAGCGACCCCGGCGUCAAGCGGCUGCGGACUGCCCUGCUUGACGCGGGCUUCCCGUUGGAGUUCAUCACCCUGGAAGAGGUGGCGGAGCAACGCAAAAGGUGCCGGGGCCGCGAGCUGCCGGUCUUCCUGCCGUACUCGGCCGUGGAGGGGCUGGUGCUGCGGUACACUACCGGCUGGGCCGAGCCGGCGAGGCAGUGCGUCUCCACUGUGGAGGCGCUGGUGCGUCAAGUGGCCCGCCAGGCGGUCAGGGAUACCAUGUGCUGCUACCCAAGCGCGGAGAGUGCCACCUGGUACGAUCUGUCAUUAUUUUUGGAUGAACAGGUCAGGAUGACCUGUAUGCGAGUGUGCGAGCUGGAGGCUAUGGAAGGCGACGACCUCUUCACGCUCAGCGAUAUCGGCUUCCGGCGGAAGUACCUGAAGCUGCUGGGGCGCCUGAAGGGCGCCUACGUGGGCGAGCAGCAGGCGGACACGGCUACGGCGGUGGACGAUGAGCUGGCGAUGAUGGCUGCAGCCCUGGCGUAUUUCAAGGUCCUCUUCAGGAGCCUCCAGGACUCGGUGCCCAAGCAGAUCCGCUUCCACCUGGAAAGGCCCCUGGGGUCUAAGGAACAGCUCACCGCCCACCUGCGGAACAGCCUGCUGCAGAGCGCCAUGCAGGGGGCAGGCAGCCGGGAAGAAGCGGCGCGCCGCCUGCUCCAGGAAGAUUUGCACGUGGCCAAGCACCGAGAGUACCUGACCAUUCGGGAGGAGCGCCUCGGCGACGCCGUCGCGCUGCUUCAGCGCCUGGCACUGCCUAUGGCAGACUUGGAUGAGACCGCCCGUCCAUUGACCUGCGCGAGGCAUUGA